UUAUUGGUUUACCAUUAAAACAUAAAUGAAGAUGGUACGAUCUGUACCAGUCCCCAGCAUUACCAAACUUCAUAAAUUUGGAUCAUAAUUGAAUGGCGAUGGGGUAACAUUUUGAACGGUCUACACAAGAACAUCAUCAUAAUCCGUAUCCUCAAUAAAAUACAAAACUGAAAUGCCAUUAAAACAAGAGACCCAAAAUGUAGGAUUCCCAAAUCCACCGCACUCCAUAUUCUCUUCUUCUUCUUCUUCUUCUUCUUCUUCUUCCUCUUCCUCUUCUUCCUCUUCAUCUGUUGGGACCCAAUAUUGGGUUUUGACAUUAACCUUCAAACCACACAUCUCUUGGCAUUUGGCACCAUUUCAGCCGUUGGAUCAAACAAAACUGUCAGUAUUCUUCGCCGUUUACUGCACAACCAUCCACUUUCUUUUCCCCCCUUUUCUGUAGCGAAAGCUGAAAAGGGGAUGCUGUUUCUUCUUCUUCGGUAAUUUUCCUUUAAGAUCAACCCCAAUCUCAACGCUUCACUACAGGAGGAUUCACUGUUUACUCCUUUUUUGAGGGUCAAAAGGUCACAGUUUUUCAAAGGCAAUGGUUGUUCAUUAUGGAGAAAAUGGAAAUCAAUGGUAGAAAUCCUAAUUUGAAUGGAAAUGGGAACCAUUCCUCAAAUGAUUCAAAGGUUGCCUUGAAUGGAAAGUCUAAUGAGAUGCCUACAUUCAUCAAUCACGCUGAGAUAGCUUGGCAUGAAAGAAGAAGGGAAUGGGUUGGCGACCGGGCUGAAAAUGUGCAACGAGAACCAAUGGAACCAAUCUUAAGUCAUCGACGACGCGUUCCGUGUUGCAGCUGGACAACAACAUAUGAAGAUCUUUUAACUGCAGAGCCUUUUCAGCAGCCUAUUCCGUUAGCUGAAAUGGUGGACUUCUUGGUUGAUAUCUGGCAUGAAGAUGGCCUAUAUGAUUAGGCAUUCUCAUAUAUCAGAAUUGCAUUUUUCUCCACUUUUUGCCCCUUUUGCCCAAGGCUUCUAUUCAUUUUUGCUACAUUCGAACAAAUUGAUGAUCAGAAUAGAUGGUUCUCUUGUACUCUACAUACUGAUUUGUAAUCAACAAAGUAAAGAUUAUGGCAUUUUCCAUUUUUUCUUGGUAAUUUACAGAUUGAGAUUUUCUUUUUCAUGAAUGUCAAUGACUUAAUUCCAAUUUCGAUUA